GAGGUUUAGAUCUUUAUAAUGAUACAUAGUUUGUACUAUUCAUAAACACUGACACGUGCGAGUUGAGAGGCUUUGAGAUCGAGGGCGAGGUGCAGGCUAAGAGGUUAAAGAACUAACAUCAUAUUCAUAACAGUUACAGCUGCUUUUAACAUCUGUCCCCGUUUAGAGAAUUUGGAGUAAGUAUUAACACCGUGAACUUAUUAAUAUAUGUGUUGAUAUUUUUACGGUAUCACAACAUGACUGCUGUACCACCUGUAAUCCUCUCGUAAUUAGGCUACCUUAAUUAUUAUGACAUGGCUUGAAUGCAGCAUUCAGCUCAUCCAACCCCAAUCAAACACACCUGAACAAGCUAAUUAAGGCCUUCCAGACUACUGGAAAGCUACAGGCAGGUGAGAUUGAUCAACGUUGGAAUUGUUCUCCUUGGAUAUUUAAAAAACCCAUUUUACACAGAGGUUGCUACUGCAGCAACACGUGUUGGUUUAGCUUUGUGUGCUUCUUCUGAUGCACAAAUUCAGGGGCCUUUUCCAGCAGAGUUUGUUGUGAGAUCACAGGUCGGGAGGAUGACCGCUCGAGUGGAUUUCUCAUUGAUUGCUGCUUUGUGGUAUCUUUUUGGAUACUUGAGCAUAACUCAUGCUAUUCAAAGACAAAACACAGUGGAUGGUUUUUGUCCGGCGACGCUGACGUUCGUGCCGGCCCGUCGAGGAUGUUCUUCUGAUGAAGACUGCCCUGGAGGACACAAAUGCUGUCGAUAUGACUGUGGGCCUGUUUUGAAGCCGGGUCAGUGUCCCCUACCAGAGAUGAUUCCACUGUGUGCUGAAAGCUGUUUCCAUGAUGGCCAGUGUCCUGCCACACAGAAGUGUUGCCCAACCACCGGUGGCUUUGCAUGCAGUGAACCACGGGGUCAGGGAAGAGGCCAGGGUCAGGGACAGGGACAGGGACAAGGCCAGGGUCAGGGACAGGGACAAGGCCAGGGUCAGGGACAGGGACAAGGCCAGGGUCAGGGACAGGGUCAGGGACAGGGACAAGGCCAGGGAAGCGGCCAGGGAAGCGGCCAGGGACAAGGCCAGGGAAGCGGCCAGGGUCAGGGAAGCGGCCAGGGACAGGGACAAGGCCAGGGACAGGGACAAGGCCAGGGAAGCGGACAGGGUCAGGGACAGGGACAAGGCCAAGGAAGGGGACAAGGCCAGGGACAAGGCCAGGGAAGUGGACAGGGACAGGGACAAGGCCAGGGUCAGGGACAGGGACAAGGCCAGGGUCAGGGACAGGGACAAGGCCAGGGUCAGGGACAGGGACAAGGCCAGGGUCAGGGACAGGGUCAGGGUCAGGGACAAGGCCAGGGAAGCGGACAGGGUCAGGGACAAGGCCAGGGAAGUGGACAGGGACAGGGACAAGGCCAGGGUCAGGGACAGGGACAAGGCCAGGGUCAGGGACAGGGACAAGGCCAGGGUCAGGGACAGGGACAAGGCCAGGGUCAGGGACAGGGUCAGGGUCAGGGACAAGGCCAGGGAAGCGGACAGGGUCAGGGACAAGGCCAGGGAAGCGGACAGGGCCAGGGAAGCGGACAGGGACAGGGACAGGGACAAGGCCAGGGAAGCGGACAGGGUCAGGGACAAGGCCAGGGAAGCGGA